UCCGGGGAGACCAGAUAUAGUGAAUGCGGGGUCCAGGGAGAGCGGAUAUAGUGAAUGCGGGGUCUGGGGAGAGAAGAUAUAGUGAAUGCGGGGUCUGGGGAGACCAGAUAUAGUGAAUGCAGGGUCUGGGGAGACCAGAUAUAGUGAAUGCAGGGUCUGGGGAGACCAGAUAUAGUGAAUGCAGGGUCUCAGGGAGACCAGAUAUAGUGAAUGCAGGGUCCAGGGAGAGCGGAUAUAGUGAAUGCAGGGUCCGGGGAGACCGGAUAUAGUGAAUGCAGGAUCCGGGAGACCGGAUAUAGUGAAUGUAGGAUAUAGUGAAUGCAGGUUUCCGGG